AACAACUUUGGUUACAUAAUUUCUCAGCCCAGUGCAGAUUAGAAUCAACAAAUUAGCGCAUGGUGGCAGCCUGAUAAAUGUUAAGGCAUGUUGGCAGAAGCAAAAACGAGAAGUGAAGGCUGCCACUGACUAAGGAAGAAAAACAAGCUGGAGGCUUAAAUAAGCUUAGUUUAGGCUCAUUGAAUGUACGAGACUCUGCUCCGCCUGUACCCUGACAGGCUUGCUCUAUUGCACGUAAAAAUGAAACAGCUUAUGUUUAUUAACAUGAUACUGAACCAUUAUUCUAAAGACAGUUUUAUACUAAAACGAUUGUUACUUUCAUUUAUUUCGUCAUUCAACUGACAUUUAUCAAGACUAACUUUUUUUUUUCUCAGCCAUGUACAAGACACUCAGGAUAUAAAGAUAAAAAAAAAAGACAUGGCAGUGGCUUUUGAAAAGCUCACUAUUGGAAGGUGGAAACAGAGAGAGAAAAAGUAUUUGUAAUAGCACGAGAGGAACCAACUACGGUCUAUACUAGAAAUACAUGGAGUGCAAUUGGAGGAUGCAUGUAAUACAUCAAAUAAUUCCCACCCAAAGACAUUUCAAUUCUUUAGAAAAGCCGUUCUGUGAGAUGAACAGUUCCAGGCAUGCCAGAUAAAUAAGGCAUAACCACGGUGUGUUACAGUCAUGAUGAAUGGGAAAUAAGGCUUAUGGAAUAAAUCCCAUUGCUUCAGAGGAAACCAUAUCCGUGUAGACCGCGGAACGUAACAAAAACAUGCCCUUCUUAGAAGCAGCUUAUAAUGUAUACGCACGAUUACAAGCAUAGAGAUAGACAGGUUUGGGGGCCUAACAGGCAUUUGAGGACACAAACACGAUUGUCUUCUAGUAUGCUCUCAGCAUCCUUAACACAACUGCACAUGGUAUGCUAGCAUGUCAUACAUAUUAAGUCUUUCAUUCUAAGACUUCCCCAUAAAUUCAUUCCAUUUCAUUGCACUCCUCAGAAACUCUCCAGAUUUUGGGGGGGGUUUUCUUGCAUGAUCUAUUUUAGCACUUAAUCAUAGGCUGGCUAUCUUAUCCUGUCAGUUGGUCAUUUGAUCUCACUUGGGUGUUGCUGGUCUUCUCCAUUAGAGGCUGUAUAUUACUACAAGAAUAUAGGGCUUUUAUGUCUUCCAUGCUAUAACCUAGCAUAUAAGCUAAAGCACAAAAUAGCUGUGCAGCAAACACAUUUACUGAAUUUAAUAUGAAGAUUAAAUCUUACCAAUGUGGUAAGUGAAAUUGCCAAAGCUGUUUUCUAACAGAUAAGAAUAUAUGCAGUGCCUUGAAAUACCAUCAUAGAUGGCGUGUCCUCGUAGCAGCAGAUUGCAAACUCAUCCUGUCUACAUUUCAAGUCCAUCUGGCAUUUAUUUAUUAAUUAUUUAUUACUGUUAAUUAUUACUGUGAAGAUUAAUGGUUCUUAAUACCUAGUAUUAAUAAAUGCAAAUGCCAACAGGUUUUCAUCUCUUAUCUUUGUGAAACUGGACUGCAUCUAUGGUUAAUGGAAGUCUGAAAAUAGAUCUACUUGCUGAAGAUCUUUAUAUAAGUGCAAAAGAAAAAUUGGUGUCCCUAGUUGAACAAUCACCUUCUGUAUCACACAUCCAUUCAUAAUCUGACUGCAGAUCUAGACGUGACUAAUAUUUGGCUCUCAUGUUAUAGGUGGUUACGCUGGAAGGAAUCAGUAAGAGCAUACUUGUCAUUUCCUUGGAAAAAUUUAAUCGACAGAUGGAUCCCAACACCCAACAGCACUGAUGUCCAAAACUAAUGGGGAUUUUUGCUAAAUAAGGACUGAUUCAGCCAAAAAAGAUAUACUCUGACUACAGAAAUCUGUAUCACACAUCGUCCAAAAUGUAUAUUUACCCAAGCACUGAAUGCAUUGAAACACUAGAAUUUUCCUAAUAGGGACAUUGGGAAAAGUCACUUAUUAAAAUACACAUUUAUGAUUUUUCCUUUAUAACAUGAAGCAAUGGAGUUUGUUGAUGUUGUCAUGCAUUUACCAAGUUUCAGUUUCUUAGAAAAAUGUAAUCUUUCAUGUUUCAUUAUUUAGCUAAAUAAGGUAAAAAUUCUAAAUCAGAUUGGGAAGCUGCAUAUUAAAAUAAUCAACUGUUCUCUAGCUUUCUACUUCAAGAAAUAAGCCUUGCUGCAUAUCAGUCUGGGUGUGGGGGAGAGGUGAGAGUGAUGUUGAUAAGAAAGACUAGGAUACAUGUAUUUAUUUGCCCCCUCCCAUAACUAAAUUUAUACAACCAACCAUAACCUUAUAACUUGAUGUUCGCUUCUUUUAAGAUUUUCCCAUCGUUUGAAACUGUCUUGGCCUGUGGUGUAGAAGGUGUAUUUAGAGUAGACGAUUAAAGCAAAGCCAUUUCAAUGCAAGUUCCAGACAAAUGGCAUGUCUUUCUGGGUGGCUGAUGUUCUAAAAAAAAGCUCACUGCCCGGAAACAAAAGAGUUCUCUGAAUUAACAUGGUUUGGAAAAUUCUUAGCCAUCUACAGAUGCACAGAUUGAAUCAUAAAAGAGAACAGUAUAUAUCAAUAAAUGAUUAAUUUCCUCUUUCCAUUUAGGCUUAAUAUGGAAGGAGUUUUAAGGAAUUAAUUAGACCUCUCCCACCUGUUUCUUAGAAGAAAUCCCUGGGGAAAUAUAUUUCAGAAGAAGGUUUUUGCAGUUAAGUGAGCUGUUACUUUAUCCUCUGUCCUUUGGUAGAGUUAGCUUGUCUGUCUCCAGGUUGUUUAAGCUUUGGGCUACAGCCCGAGUGUCUAUACAUCCAUCUAUUUUGCAGAGUUAAUUCAAGCUGUUUAUAAAUAAUACAAGACAUAAUAAAUAAAUGUUCAGGUAGACCUCCCUUGUGUGAGAGGCGAUAUUCCCACGUACAGGGCUUUCCAAGGCAAGAUAGUGGGUACUGGGGCUUGGAGUACUGCGUAAUCUCACCAAAUGGAAUGGGAACAGCAAUGCGUUUUCGCUAUCAGCAGCCACACGGCGUGCACAAUCUAUUCCACACCCUUUUAAUUUCAACAUUUUGCUCUGUGCUAGGAAAAGAGGCACACUCGCUAAGGCAGGAUGAAGAACGUAUCUGCAAAGCCUAAGCACAUUUCACCAGCACCUCCUAGGGGCCAUGUGAGGGUAUGAAGCUCAGAGGUGAGCAUAGGCGCAAGCCCUUUCCUUGUAUUGUCGGUGUCACCUCUCUCCCACCCGGGCUGCGCCGCCCGGAGCUCGAGCUAGAUUGUUGAAGUAGUGGGGCGACUCGAGGAGGCCUUUUAAAGGGAUCAGCGGAGCGUGCCGGGCGGUGGUGGAGAGAGAGAGAGAUCGAAGGAGGACAAUGCGAGAAGGAACGAGUUGUUCACCCUGCAGAGAAGUCUAGGCGAUCUGCAGGCAAUUCACGAGCUGUCAGGAGAAGCGAGAGCCCAACGGCUAUGCAGUUGCAACACUUGUGCACGUCUAAAUCCAGCUGGGUUCUGCGCGCGGGUCCCGGUCCCUUUCCCCAGGACCUGUUCUCUGGACAUCAGCUGAGUUACUAAGGUAACUCUGCAUGUCAGUAAACAGACGCUGGUAGAACCUCAAGGCUCCUGGAGACCCUCGCCUCUCCUUAUUUCUUUUUUUUUUUUUUGCGUGUGUGUCCUCACUGAACAUUCAAAACUGUUUCUCCAAAGGGUUUUGCAAAAACUCAGACUGUUUUCCAAAGCAGAAGCACUGGCGUCCACGGCCGAAGCAAUGGGCAGUGUGCGAACCAACCGCUAUAGCAUUGUCUCUUCGGAAGAAGACGGCAUGAAACUGGCCACCAUGGCGGUUGCCAACGGCUUUGGGAACGGGAAGAGUAAAGUCCACACCCGACAGCAGUGCAGGAGCCGCUUUGUGAAGAAAGACGGCCACUGCAAUGUCCAGUUCAUCAACGUGGGUGAGAAGGGACAGCGGUACCUCGCAGACAUCUUCACCACGUGCGUGGACAUUCGCUGGCGGUGGAUGCUGGUUAUCUUCUGCCUGGCUUUCGUUCUGUCGUGGCUGUUUUUUGGCUGUGUGUUUUGGUUGAUCGCUCUGCUCCAUGGGGACCUGGACGCAGCGAAAGAGAGCAAAGCCUGUGUGUCCGAGGUCCAGAGUUUCACGGCCGCCUUCCUUUUCUCCAUCGAGACCCAGACCACCAUCGGCUAUGGGUUCCGCUGUGUCACGGAUGAGUGCCCCAUCGCCGUGUUCAUGGUGGUCUUCCAGUCCAUCGUGGGCUGCAUCAUCGAUGCCUUUAUCAUCGGCGCCGUCAUGGCGAAGAUGGCCAAGCCCAAGAAAAGAAACGAGACUCUUGUCUUCAGCCACAACGCUGUCAUCGCCAUGCGAGAUGGCAAGCUGUGUUUGAUGUGGCGUGUGGGCAACCUUCGGAAAAGCCACCUGGUGGAAGCGCAUGUCCGCGCGCAGCUCCUCAAAUCCAGAAUCACUUCAGAAGGGGAGUACAUCCCCCUGGAUCAAAUAGACAUCAAUGUUGGGUUUGACAGUGGAAUUGACCGUAUAUUCCUGGUGUCCCCAAUCACCAUCGUCCAUGAAAUAGAUGAAGAUAGCCCUUUAUACGAUUUGAGUAAACAGGACAUUGACAAUGCAGACUUUGAAAUUGUGGUGAUACUGGAAGGCAUGGUGGAAGCCACUGCCAUGACAACACAGUGCCGGAGCUCGUACCUGGCAAAUGAAAUCCUUUGGGGUCACCGCUACGAGCCUGUCCUCUUUGAAGAGAAGCAUUAUUACAAAGUGGACUACUCAAGGUUCCACAAGACUUAUGAAGUCCCCAACACCCCGCUUUGUAGUGCCAGAGACUUAGCAGAAAAGAAAUAUAUCCUCUCAAACGCUAAUUCAUUUUGCUAUGAAAAUGAAGUUGCCCUCACAAGCAAGGAGGAAGAUGACAGUGAAAACGGGGUUCCAGAAAGCACUAGUACGGACACCCCCCCUGACAUUGAUCUUCACAACCAGGCAAGUGUACCUCUAGAGCCCAGGCCCUUACGGCGAGAAUCGGAGAUAUGACUGACUGGUUCCUUCUCUGGGAUAUUUGCUUUCAAACACAGGCUGUUGGUCAAAGGCCCAAAACAGUUAUUCAGACGACGGUACUGGUGAAGAGCUGGGUCAAGGCAGGUGGCCACAAGGGACCGAGGCCAGCACAAUGGUUUCAGAGAAAGACUCUAAGCUCGGAGAUGAAUGCAAAGCACUAAACAUGCCUCCCCGUGACCCGAUGGCACAUAUAUGUUGUAGAAUAAGUUAUGGGUUUUUUGUUGUUUUUUUUAAUGUUUUGUUUUGUGUUUUUACAAAACUUGAACUUGCAGGCAAGCCUUGGUUGGGUAUUUGACUUAUCCAGAAUGCUUCUCUUUAGGGAACAAGGAUGUUUUUAAUGGCAUAACAAAGGCAAGACUCUGCCUUAAUUUUGAAAAGCUGCUAACUACAUGAACACAAAUUGUAUUUUUGUUGCAGUGUAGUUUUUCUUUCGUGUAAUUUAAAAGUCAGUGUUGAACUUUGUUGAAAGCUCAUGAGAUGCACUUCAAAGUGGCAAGUAUUUGGCUAUUAGCUGCCAACAUGAGAGCCUGAUUUUUUGAGGCCAGUAAUUUGUUUGCUAGAAUUGAUUUUUCUCUCUCUCUUUCUCGCUCUCUCUCUUUGGUUACAUAAGGGUAUUAUGUAACACUAGCCAAAUGGUAGCCUCCGGGUUGGUUUUUUGUUUUUGUUUUUGUUUUUUUCUUGAUGUUAAUGGGUUAUCUCAAAUUUUAAGUUAGACUACCUAAAAUAAAUACCAAAGAUAAUGCACAUUUUUGCACAGUGGAGCUUAUACUAAAAAGGAAAGGAAGCUCCCCGGCUGCCUUGAAAUCAAGAAACAAUAACUUUGAACCUCAGCAAGACCUUGAACUGCCCUCUCCGUUUGCACCUUAUUCAGAAAAUAGGACAUCAUACAUACAGAGUCCAGUUGAGUGUAGUGCUUUUUACGUUUUGUUCUUUCACAUAACUUUUGUAUUAUAAGAGGAAGAAGAAAGGGAAGGGAAAAUUCACAGACAUGCACACACACAAAAUACAAAAAUAUUUUCUUUCCUGCGAGGUAGUGCUGGCCAGGCUAACGCAUAAGGUGAGAGAUGGUGACAUACUCUUAGAAUUUUCUGGGUUUUCCCUUUUUUGCACAUUCCAGAAUUUAUUCCAUAAGGUAAGGCCUUGGUUGCAUUUGGUCAGCACCCUCAAAACUGAGCCAUCCGACAUGGAAGAUAACUGGGUUUAAACCCUUGCCGUUGAAUUUGUUGCCCUGACUCCCAGGACAUUUUCCAAUUGCCUUUGCCUUAGAAAAGGUGCCACGCCAGGCCUCUGGACUGGUUAUUAUGAUCAGUCAGUCAGUCUGUCUGGAGUGAGCCCUGCUGUGUCUGAGAGGGCUACAAAUGCCAAUGUAGGGAGACAGUGAGAUAGGGACAAGCCUCUGUGACAUCAGCUCAAGUAUUUGGCGGGGAGAGGAAAGUUGCUGGUUUUAUUAAAAUAUUAGAGGGUAGGAAUGACAAUGUCUCAGUAUUUUAGGGUCAACAAAAGUCAUACAAAAUACAACACAAUCACAAGGGAAGGAGGUAAGGGUGGAAAAGGGUUAUUUUCCCUUUCUGUAUGCACACUCAUGAUUGCAUCUGAGUUGAUCCUUUUCACCCAUGGACCCCUAGAGUGGGUGACUAAAGGACAUGUUGUUUUCCAUCAGCCUCUCCUGCCAGGCUGCCUGACUUGCUAAAAAUGAUCCCCCCCCUCCUCCCCGGACUCUAGCUCAAUAAUGAAGCUCUGUUUUUGGUCUAUUGUUCCCUGUCUGUGAAUUCUGGGGUUACUGACUUUUUAAUUGGAGUCUCAAAAUCAACUCUCUUAUGGUAUUAUAAUCCCAGUAUGCCAUUAAAAAACAGCUUGUUCUAGAAUCCUGUAUUUCGUGACUCGAUGUUUGUGGUGGUCUCUUGAACAGCCAUAUUGGAACGCAGUGCCUGCACCAUUUCUGCUGUUGUCAGCCUUCGGAGUCAAUGGCUUUGCAAACUGUGGUGUUAGUUUCAUGGAACCCGAGAGACAGAUGUGAAGCAAGGCAGGUUUGGGACGUUGUUUAGAGAGCUGGUGGAAUUGGGAUUGAGCGGACGAGAGAAUCGACAAAAAGACGCAACGGUUUGGCCGUUGACAACUGAGAGGAUACCCAGGGCUUCAGCUGCUGCUAUUUUGAUAUUUUGCAAAGGAAAAUAAUCACACCAAAGAGUAUUCAGUGAUAUGUAAAUUAAAUGAAGAUACAGAGGACAAUUGGGGUGACCCCAGAGAAGCCUUCCUCCCCCCCCCACCCCAAACACACAGUGCUGCCACUUAAAAAAGAGGAGACCAUGGAAAAGGGGUGGGUACGGGGGCAGGAAUGAGGGAGGGGAAAUCUUUCAACUUCUUUCUGAAAAAGAGGAAAAAAAAAUCUAAAAUUUCUGGUGCACAGGUUUGUUUGUUUGUUUGUUUUUCCAAGAAAAUUUUGCAGAAGCUAUGUUUUUAAAGUGUACAUUUUAUAAAGUUUAUCAGAUAUUUUCAUAUUUAAAGCCAAAUGUAAAUAGAAGUCUGUAAAGGAAACAAAAUUGCCAUAGAAAAGUAUAAUAUCAGUGCAGCAAUUCCUGAGAGCUAGUACCUAUAUGCUACCGGUUAGCAUGGUUUUAGCACAUAUUUACCAGCCUUAUAAUGUUUGUAUGGCUAUGUUCUUCUGUUAUUUAUUUCAGCAUGGACUGUUUAUUUGAAAGCUUUUCCUAGUUAUUAGUAUUUUACCAGUUACAAGCUUUAAAUGGCUUUUUUUUUUUUUGUCAAGAGCCAAGACACAGGUAAUGCACAACAUGUUUUGCUGUGUUUUACCUUCAAAACAUAUGUCCUUAUUGACUGGGUCUCCUGAAUUUGUGCACACAAGUCAUGAGAAUGCAGAUUGAAGAGACUCACCCACCGUGAAUGUCUAUUCCUAUUCCUGGUCCCAUGUUGCUUCUCUAUUGCAAGCAAACUGCCCCUAUUGAAUUUACUUAGGACUUGGUCCCUUUGUAAUAAUUUUUUGCCCGUGUCCGGAUGAGCAUUAUAUUUUUGGGAGGAGGCAUAGAAUCCUGGUUAUCUUAUUUUUAAACAAAAGGUAGACAAAAGUGAAUUAUAUUUUGAUUAUUGAGAAAGGAAUAGUUUUCUAUCACUUUAAGCAUAUACUUGAAUCAGACAUUUUUAAGAAUGUCGCUAUAGCACUGUAGUCAUUUCCAAAUUCCUGGAGAAAGUUUGUUUCACCUUUUUAAAAAAAAUUUAUCCAUGCAUUACUUCUUCCCUUCACUUCCUUUCUUCCCUACAGACUCCCAUCCCAAACCUUGAUGUUUAUUUGAUGAGCUGUAGCUCCCAAAUUAUGUCGCCCUUGCAAAUAACACAUGUCAGUUCAUAUUUUAUAAUGUCACUCACUCAGUAAAGGCAAAAAGCUUGUUCUGAGAAGUAGAGUGAAUGGUUUUUCACUCUGUGUCUAAUAAUAUUACGGUGGGAAAAAAAAAGUGUUGCGUCAUCACCUCCCCCACUCCCAACCAGAAUCUCUUUUCUAGUGACGUUGGGUUUCAGCUCUGGGCUCUGGCGAAUUGAACAAUCCCGGCCUUGGACAAUCGUGCGAGUUAUGAUUUUCCCGUUUGCCGUCCUUUUGUAUCUAAAGUCUUCCUAUUGUACUGCACAAACUAUGGAUUGUACAUAUUUUUAUAUAUUAUGUCUUAUUUUAUUAUUUCUAAAUAAAAAAUUAAAUGUUGACAAUA